AUGAAGGUCCUUUUCUGCGAUAAGGUAAAGCGCAUAAAGCAAAAUAGCGACAAACUGGCUAAACUUCAAACUCUACGCUACAUCAUAAUAAUGCAUCCCGACAAAGAGCUUGAUUCCGUUAAGUUGGAAAUGGAGGGACGAAUCAAGAUUUUGACAUUUUCUGAGCUGAAGGUUAGUCUGGGUUUGCUUUAA